GCGGGAAUCCGGAGGCGAGCUGAGGAAGGGAGCCGCGCACUCGCUCGCCUCCCCAUCCAAACCAGCCCCGCCGUAUCUUCUGCCGGCCUGCCCCUUUCUUCCCUUUCCGCCCCCCAGGCAGUCGGGGCUGCAGCGGGAAGCAUUGUCAAAGAACAGCCGCUGUCAGACAAGGAGCUGGGGCCGAGGAUAACUGCACGGCGGCGAUUCACUCCGGUGUAGGGCGGGAGGGGGCAAGAGGAGGGGCAAGAGGCAGGCAGGCAGGCAGGGAGAGCUAAUAAGAGGAGCGGACACGCAUGCAUGUAAGCACACACACACACACACAAUACACACAAUACACACAAACGCAGCACGCGAGAUUUGUGUAAGGGGGUGUGCAGGACUUGAUCCUUUCUCAGAGCUGAACUCCUCCCCGCCGCCCGUCCGCUCCAAUGCGGUCCGGACGAGAAGAGUUUCUUUCCACCAGGAUGAAAUAUUGGAAGUAACUGAAGACAAUUCAGAUUUUCCUGCAUAGGACGGAGAAGAGUUUGAAGUGCGCGUGUGUGCCUGCGCUUGCGGGUCGCGCUGGUGUACGGCCGUAUUUAGGUCGUUUCCCGCGUGAUUUUUUUUUUUAAAAAAGGAAAACAAGUAUUCGGGAAACCUAAGUCGGAGGUGUUUCGUUUGUCCUUUUUGUACAAGCAAGGGAAAGAAAGCUAGGCUGAGGGCAGAGGAGGCUCUGUUUUCCUAGGAAAUCCUCCUUGAGUGCCGAGGAACCAAAGAAUAAGCGCAGUCAUCAUAAUACAAGGAUACAUCUGGACUGUGUUUGCGUUUCCUGGUUUUCCUGGGGACGAAGAUGCUGUCCUACACUGUGCUGGAUGCUAAUGUGGUGGACGUGGAAAAAAGGCGAAAUCCUUCCAAGCACUAUGUAUAUAUAAUCAAAGUAACAUGGUCGGACACAACUUGCCAGACAGUCUACCGAAGAUAUAGCAAAUUCUUUGACUUGCAGAUGCAACUUUUGGAUAAAUUCCCUGUUGAAGGAGGCCAAAAAGAUCCCAAACAGAGAAUCAUCCCAUUUCUUCCAGGGAAAAUCCUAUUCCGAAGAAGUCACAUUCGAGAUGUAGCUGUGAAGAGAUUAAAGCCAAUUGAUGAAUAUUGCAGGGCGCUGGUAAGGCUUCCACCUCACAUCUCACAGUGUGAUGAAGUAUUCCGUUUUUUUGAGAGCCGACCAGAGGACCUAAACCCUCCUAAAGAGGAUUAUGGAUCCUCGAAAAGGAAAUCAGUUUGGAUGUCAAGCCUAUCUGAUUCUCCAAAGAAGGCUAUAGCAGGUGCUGACGCUAGCUCUGAACCUAUGAUCCUGGAGCAGUAUGUGGUGGUAUCUAACUAUGAGAAACAGGAGAACUCGGAGAUCAGCCUGCAGGCCGGCGAAGUGGUGGAUGUAAUAGAGAAGAAUGAAAGUGGUUGGUGGUUUGUAAGUACUUCAGAAGAGCAAGGCUGGGUCCCUGCAACUUAUUUGGAAUCCCAAAGUGGAAUUAGAGAUGAUUCUGAAAUUAACAUGUCCAAAAAAGGAGAAGUUUCUAAGAGACGCAAGGCUCAUCUGAGGCGCUUGGACCGGCGAUGGACACUGGGAGGGAUGGUCAACAGGCAGCAGAGUCGAGAAGAGAAAUAUGUCACAAUUCAGUCAUAUACCAGCCAAGGGAAGGAUGAAAUUAGUUUCGACAAGGGAGUCACUGUGGACGUCAUUCAAAAGAACCUGGAAGGAUGGUGGUACAUAAGAUAUUUAGACAAAGAAGGCUGGGCCCCAGCAUCAUAUCUGAAGAAAGCAAAAGAUGAGCUUCCCAUUCGGAAAAAGAAUCUUACAGGACCAGUGGAAAUUAUAGGAAACAUCAUGGAGAUCAGCAACUUGCUGAACAAGAAAUCUUCCAGUGACAAGGAAACUCAGUCAGAAAUUGAAACGACGGAAUCGCAUGUUACCAAGAAAGAAAUAAGCUUGCCCAUCUUAUGCAAUGACUCCAAUGGCAAUUUCAUGAUGACCCAAGACAAGCAGAUUUCAAAGCAGGUGCAGGGAUCCCCUGCCAUAGCACGGAUUGCUCCACAAAGAGCUCAGAUAAGUUCACCAAAUCUGCGUAUGAAACCUCCUCCAAGAAGAGAAUCUAGUUUGGGCUUUCAACUACCUAAACCUCCUGAACCACCAUCAGUGGAAGUUGAAUAUUAUACUAUUGCAGAGUUCCAGUCUUGUAUUGCUGAUGGAAUAAGCUUUCAUGGAGGACAAAAAGCAGAGGUUAUUGACAAGAAUUCUGGGGGCUGGUGGUAUGUCCAGAUUGGAGAAAAAGAAGGCUGGGCUCCAGCAUCAUAUAUUGAUAAAAGGAAGAAACCCAAUUUAAAUAGGCGAACAAGUACUCUGACCAGGCCCAAAGUUCCUCCCCCUGCUCCUCCUAAUAAAGUAAAGGAUUCUGAAGAAGUAACAGCUGCUAGUACCACAGCUUCAGGUGAUGGCCAAGAUUCCCCACACAAGCAGAGAUAUGAGGAACCAGAGUAUGAUGUGCCUGCCUUUGGUCAUGACUCAGAAUCUGAGCUGAGCCAAGGAGAAGAUGGUAACUCAGACAGAAUCUCAUUCCACCUUCCAAAACCUUCCUCUGGAUCAUCUCUCCAAAGAGCAAAAUUUCGAGUUGGAGAGUCUUCUGAUGAUGUGGCUCAUGAAGAGGAAACAAUCUAUGAAAAUGAAGGUUUUAGAUCUUACAUAGAAGAUGCACUGUCAAGCAAGGAAUCUAGUGGUGAUUCUGAUUCUCGAAGUUCCUCACUAUCUUUGAUCCAAAGAAAUUCUCCACGUUCACUUUCUCCUAAAUCCUCCUUUCUGAAGCCCAAAAAUAUUCAAACGAACUUUGGGAAGUCUCAUUACAGUCAUAACGAGGAGACAAAGCCAAGAUCAGCCUCAGAUGCUGGCCUAAGUAGUAUACCCAAAUCAAGCACAAAAAGGGAUACUGGAGAGCUCAUGUCUAGCAAAGCAAAACCAAUGGUGAGGCCAAAACCAUUUCUGAACAAAGCAGAAUCUCAAAGUCAAGAAAUGAUGAACAUCAGUACUCUACGUCAUCAUCUGAGACCAACUGGGCAACUCAGAGGUGGACUUAAAGGUUCAAGAAGUGAGGAGUCUGAAAGUCCACCUCAGGCAAUUUCUGGAAACUCAGAAGAAUCUUUCAGAAGAAAUUCUGCAGAAUUCAUUACAUCCCCUUCCCAUACCUCAUUUUAUGCCAGUCAGCUAGCCAAAACAGAGAAUGAAAGCAACCCCUCAAAAUGUCUGUAUAUAACUACUGAUUCUUAUCAAAAAGUUCAAGAUUCUGAAAUCAGUUUCCCUGCUGGAAUAGAAGUGGAAGUAUUGGAAAAGCAGUCAAGUGGAUGGUGGUAUUUGAAAUAUGGAGAAAUAGAAGGGUGGGCUCCUUCUCAUUAUCUGAUGCUUUUUGAUAACCAGCAACAAGAAAACACCUCCAGUGGAGGAGAUGCCACAUCCAACAUAUCACAGGCUAGAAACAGAAGAAAUGAAAGCAAAUCCAAUAGCUUGGAGAAAAUAGAGAAGAAGGUCCAGGCACUGAAUACUAUCAACCAGAACAAACGAACAACACCCCCUAUUCCUAAUAAACCACCUGGUGGCUUUUCCAAAACAUCUGGGCCUGUCAAAUUGCGAAAUGGAGUUAGACAGCUAGCAGUGAGACCACAGUCAGUGUUUGUUUCCCCACCCCCCAAGGAUAAUAAUCUGCCUUGUUCCCUGCGUAGGAAUGAGUCUCUUUCUGCCACAGAUCAUUUGAGGGCCGUACGUCGUAAUUCAUCUUUCAGUGCUGCCCAAUCCCAAAUGAAUGAGUCUAAAGUAAAACAUGAUAGUCGAUUGGGCUCUGAAGGGUCAGAUAAUGCCUCUUACAUACCAACUGACCGCAAUGGACUUCCAGUGUCCACUGUCAGGCCCAAGCCCAUUGAAAAAUCCCAGUUCAUUCAUAAUAACCUUAAGGAUAUUUAUAUCUCCAUUGCAGAUUAUGAGGGAGAUGAAGAAACUGCUGGGUUUCAAGAAGGUGUCUGCAUGGAGGUAUUGGAAAAAAACCCAAAUGGCUGGUGGUACUGCCAGAUCAUGGACAACAGUGGGAAACCAUUUAAAGGCUGGGUGCCCUCAAAUUAUUUGGAAAAAAAGAAAUAGUAUUGCAAUGUAUUUAAAUUCAUUAAUUUAUAUUUCCCUAUGAUGUACAUUUGGAAAAAGGGAAAAGAUACACAGAUGUAUUUCCUUUAUACUAUUGUACAUACACAGGAUAGUUCAGUUUUGCUUGUGGCCCAGAAAGUCUGCCAUCUUUUAGGAUAUUUUGAAGAAAUGGUCUCAUUCUGCAAGUAUCAAGAAAAUACAGCUGGAAUUAAUGCCCUUUUAUUUUAUCCCCCCUCCCCCACAAAGAUGCACAUCAGGAUACAUUACCCUAUCUCCUGAUUUUACUCAGAAACCAAAAGUGUGCCUUUCACAUUCUAGUUUGGAAUUAUGGGUUUACUUGGGAUUGAUUGGGAGUUUGAUGCCAAACCUAAACGUGUUUUAUAAAAAAAAAACCCUCUGCUUGUUCAUUUCUCCCAUGUGAUGUGGCCAUAAAUAGUAUUUGGUUGAUCCCCCUUCACCCAAGAUGUGUGGGGAACAGAGCAAGUGGAGAAAAUUUUCAAGAAACCAUCACUCAACGAUUGCAUUCUGGUCUCUAGAUUGAAGAUCUGAGAAGGUUGUUUUUUGUUUUUUUUUCCUUCCUGGUAUUGGAUUUGAAUCACUUAUUGUUCUGUUUCCUCCAGUACUAUCCACCCUGGUUUUUUCUCUUCUCGUAUUCCUUACUUGUCAGCUGGGUCAGGAAUGGGGAGUGAUAUUUUUUAAAAAGUUAUUAGUGGACUUUGAAGUGUAAUCCAAUUUUAUGCAGUUCCCUAAUGUUUAUAAACACUCUAAAACUAAGAGUUGCACACAAUCUCUUCUGCACACUAGUUUCAACUUCAAUGAUUUCCUUUUGAGGCCUUCUGAAUAAUAUGUACUGUAAUUAUUUUGAGAGUAAUUGCCAGGCAACUCAGUUAUUCAGAGUUUCGGAUAUCAACUAAGAAUUAAUCAAGUUUCAUCCAGAUCCAAAGAUGAGAAGAGGAAGGCCCGUAGUGCAACCUCUUCUCUUUUUGUUGGGUUAUGGCCUGUUAUGGCUUGGCUUGGCUAGUUUUCUGAGGGCACACCUUUCUCAAACAUCUGCUUCUUCUUCUAUUCUUAGUCUCUAUCUUUUGGCUGUGGCAGAGUUGCACUGGGUUGCACAUGCCCUGCUUUCACCAUGGCAUUGGUAUUGCUGUGCUGCCCUUUAUCCUAAGCCAUGGACUCCCUGCUCUUGUAGUCCUGGAGGGAGGAGUGGAGGGAAGUGCGUAGUUCCAUCAGAGAAACCAUUCAGAUGCUGCUUCUCCUCUCACUGUGCUACUGUCAGAACCAAUUGUAUGGGUUCUAUGUGUGACUCCUCACUAUGUCCAUUAUGUGAAAUAAGACAGUUCAAACCAAUAGAACUUUCCUCAACAGAUUGUGGCAAAUUAGCAUUACUAUCACAAAGAGAAAAAUAAAAAUGACAGAACUGAGUUGAGCUAACUAUGUGUGCCGCACUGAAAAAAAAACAAACAAAAUUUGCUUCCACACAAUGGAACAUUGUCUGGCUUCUUUUGUUUUGAAGAGAAGGGUUUGGCAUGUUUACAAGAUUUGUAUCACCAAUGUGUAUGAACAGACAGGAACAUGAAAAUCACUGCAUGUAAGGAGGCAGUUGCCCAAUCCAGCACACUGUAUGUUUGUGGGAAAUUAUUUAUUUUCUUCCUUGAGUACUUCACAGAGAAGAAUGUGGUCCAUCCCGAAUUAGUUUCAUGUUGCAAUAUAAAAGAAGAGUGUCAAAAUAGGUGCUAUGUGUGCACAUCUGAAUGUUGACAGUUCAUCAAGUUUCUCUUCAUUUCAUGUCCAAUCAAUGCCAAUUCUUACCUGGCAGAGAAGCGUCUAUAUUUUCGAAGUCAGAAUGGGAAUGAGCAAAAGCCAUGGAUGUUACCAACUGCAUUCUUCGUUUUAGUUAAUAUAUGAGCAGGAAGGGAGAGAUUUUUAUUAGUAAACACCAGUCUUCUGAACAAGUCUUUUUUUAAGAACAACAGUACACAUUAUUUUGUUCUUCUCGCUUGGAUGUUAGCUUUGUACUGAUAGCUACUGUCAAAGGAUGAUUGAACAGAGGACCAUUAGACUGGAAAUGUCACAAAGCAGGAAUUCUGUACUCAUGUAUCCUCUUUUGCCUUUUUAUUUAUGAUUUCAGAUGCUUUUUUAAAAAAAUGAGAUUUUGUGGAAAAGCAUAAAGUUUAAAACCACUGGGGUUUGUGCAAAGGCUUUGGGUACAAAGUGUGUUUAUAUUUUGAUGCAUUUUCAUUUACUAGCCUUGCAGUGAACUUUGUAAUUGGUAAACAACAGCAACAACACCAGAAGGCCUUUAUUUAAACAAUAUGGAAAUCAGACCACAGAUUUAUCGCCACUUUGAAGCCCAAUAUUUUAUAUGGAAAAUGAAGAAAAAGAGUUGGGAUUUUUAGGGAGAAAAUAUUAAAUAAUCUGGUUAUCUCCAGCCACAAUCUUACAUUCUACCACUAGAAGAUGAAAGAAUCGGAAGAUUUUUAAUAAGGUCAAACUUAUUUUUUUUUCCUGAACAAUUAAAAAUUAAGCGUAUUUUGAGAUGUUUUAGUUUUCUGAAAAUUACAUAAUUAUCACUUGAUUCUUGCCUCUUUUGUUUUUUUGUUGUGUGUUACAAAUAUUACAUUAUAAAAAUAACUUGAGGGAUUGAUUUCCACGUCUUGUGUGAUUGAUGCCUUUCAAGCUGAUCUAUUACAGCGCGUCAUCAUUGCUACUCUCCAUGCUUCUACAGUGAAUAGCAUGGAAGAAAAGGCUUGGUGAUGAAGAGGAAACCCAACAGGCCUCUGUAACAUCAAUAAUAAUAAAUUUCAUUAGGAGAAGACAGGUUUCUACACCACAGUGCAUUUAAAAAUGGUGUGGUUUUGCCCAAAGCUCCUUUCCAUGAGGCUUUACAUCUCAAGUGUUUCCUCAUAUUUAUGUUUUGUUAAAAAGUGAGCAGCAAUUUAAGUGACUGCCAAAGCUGCUUGAGUUUAAAAUAGUAUUAUUUUCUUCUGCUGGACAGUAUUAAGUAGAGCAAAAUCAUCAAGUUAUCUGCUAGAUUGCAGUACUAAUAUUAGUGAUUUAGCAACACAUAUUAAUGUUUAUGAUUUUUUUAAAAAAACAAUAAUGAUGACGAAGUGGUUCAUUAUUUUUGAAUUAAUGCACUUUAACCAUUUUAAACCAAAAUGCAGGAAAAUCAAGUGCAUUAUUUAAAGAUGCAGUAUAAAUUGUCAUUUUAAGAACAUCUAUUUAUUAAAAUAAUUUAUGAUUAUUUAAAAUUUGUACUAUACAGUUUUGUUCCAAAGAUGCCAUCUCUUGGGAAAGCUAAAAGUACAUCUCCCAAAAAUCCUGCACUGAGCCAUCAAGACUCUUCAAAUACAGGAGAUUCAGGUAGCCAGAAUCAAAUUUUUGCCCAAAAAGGGAUCAAUAUUUCUUGUUGUACAGAAGCAAAUUGGUAUGUAGUAUUCUUGAUAAUCUCAGCACUGGGGAAUUAUGUGUACAGAAUUGAACCAAAAAGGAUCGACAGAUUUUGAAAAUUAUCUUUUACAGAUUCCCUAAAAAGAGCAACCAUUUCCAGCCACAUUUGGGAUCAGUGGUAUAUCUCUCUCUUUAGUGCUACCCAGCCUUCAGCCAGUCCUUUUGCUGCAUCUGCAGUUUUUUGGGGCAAGAAAGUCACUGAGUUCAUUUUGAGUCUCGAAUGCUUCUGCAAAUUCUUAAGAAAAAAAGUUUUAACAUAAAUAUGAUUUGCCCAUACUUUCAGUAAGAGGAAUAGCUUUCCAUAUUGUUCUCUUUCAUAGCUGCAUUUUUUAUGCAACAGUAAUAUUGAAUUGGCACAUGUAAGGGCAGGUUUCUUAAAGUGCCUCUUUAUAAUUAGAACAGUUAUCAGUCAAUAAAUCCAUUUGCAUUUUAUGCAUUAUAAAAGUGAGCCUUGAUUUGUCCUAUAAAACUGCCCCAAUGAUAUAAAAAAUUACAUAAAUAUAGUUGGAUAGUUUUCUGAGCUAAACUAGUUUAUCAUUUUUUAAUUGUAAAACUUUAUGUAAGUAUGUGUCACAUCUCUAGAAGCUUUAUGCAGGGGACGUUGUAGUUGGUUUUAUGGUACAUGGAAGUAAUAUCUAGGUUCAAAUACAGGGAGAAAGAUAAAGGGCACUACCAAGCACCUUCUUAAUUUAGUCAGUUUCACUGUUUCCCGCAUGUAAUCUAUAACUUGCCCUUGUAAAUAUUAGGAAUGUGUUUAGGGAUUGGAGAAUUCAAAUUUCAGUGCCAGGCCAAUGCUCGAAGAAAUACAUUGAAAUCCCACUCACAAGGGCUGUAGCUUUCCCUAUCAAAAUAUUAUCUGCUAUUUCUAAAAUUAUUUUGAUCAUAAAGCUGAUUUUUUUUUUAAAAAACUAUAUAGUACUUUCAAAAUAAUCUAGAUCUCAAUUUUUAAAUAUUCUGGGGACUAAUUGAAUAUUAAACCAAAGAUUGCACUCUUAGACAAGAGUGGCUUCUGGUCAUUUCCUGGUUCUUUAAAUUGCCUUGGUUUUCAACAAAAACAACUCAAAAUGCAGGUUGAUAUUUUGACAAAACCCAAACAAUGAAAACUUUUUUUCUGCUGUAUACUGCAACUUUAAUAAUAAUGAGCACUUCUGAAUUCGUUAUUGCGGAUUUAUAUAAUGCCUGAAAAAAAUACUCUUGCUUUUUUUCUUAAUUUCUACAUUUUGGUGAGUUAAGUUUAAGGAAUAAGUUUAAAGCUUAUUCUUUUUUAAGUACAUAUAUUUUAAUACCCCAAAUAAUAUAAAUUAGGAUUGUAAUGAGUUCCCUCACAAGAUGCGGUAGUAAGCUUGGCUUACCACAGGGUUUUUUUUACAAAUAUGAAACCGUUCUAUUUUACUGAAUCCAUUCAUUCAGCAGGGGAACAGAAGUAUAGAUUGAGAAAAACCAGUCUAAGUAUUCCUAGGGUUCAUGGAAUUAGUUUUACAAUUAUUUGACUUUCUAGAGCAGUGUUUUAGAAAAUUGUGUGGAUUUCAACUCCCCGUAUUCCCUAGGCUGGGGAGUUCUGGGAGUAGAAAUUCACACUUCUUAAAGUUGCCACAUUUGGACAAUAGUGCUCUAAUGAAAUCUACCUUUCUGACAAAAUAGGCUCUUUAAUUUUUUACAGAUUUGUGUCCCAUUGAUAGAAGCUGAAACAAAUGAACAACUGCACAUACAUUUAUCCUGUGGUAGCAACUACAUUUGUUCCAGUGAACUGAUUCCAAAAGCAACACUGAACAUUUUGACGAUGGCAUUAUAGAAUUGUGCUUUUUAGAACUACUUUUGAAUAUUAGAAUAGCUUAUUUUAAUUUAAAAUUAUACUUAUUGCUUCUCUCCAUUUAUAAAAAAAAUUGUUACUGCUUUUUGUCAUUUAUGAAAAAUGGAAGGGAAACUGAUAAAUAAUUAUUUCAUUAUUAUUAGUAUUUACUAGCAUUACUAUAGCAAUAGUAAUAUUUAAGUUUAGAUCAUCUUUAGUAAUUUGUUCAUUAUAUAUUUUUUAAUUAUUGUUACAUUUUAUCCAAUAUUUGCAUUCUCAGUGUAGUAUCCAAAUAGAGGAUCAGUGCAAUAUUGAAAGGGCAAAAACAGGUCCCUCAUCCAGGACUUGAAGUGGAUGUACAGUGUGAUUUUAAACAUCUGUCAUUUUUUAUUAUGCACUCUUAAGUAAAAAAAACAUGAGAAUUGAGGAAAGUUGAACAAGAGCAGAAGUACACAGGAAGUGGAUGAAGAAAACGUUUGGAAAAAAUGGCUGUGUAACUUUGAUAUUUUAUCAAAGUUUAUCACAUUCAAAUAGAAGUAUGACAUCUUGUUGGUUCCUGGCUGUUCAGCUGUCCCUUUUCUUUGCAAUGUUCAGUAUUCUUCCAUCUUUUUUUGUAGCCGUCUGCACUCUUUAACUUAAGCAGAAGUUCCAAAUUCUUAUCUGAUUUACAUUGAUGUCAGAGGAAUUUACUCCUGAAUUGAUAUAUAGGUGCUGUUUAUCAUGCUAUAGAAGCAUGAAAUAGAUCCUGGAGCCUGGACAGAAGUUGCCACACUGAAGGCAUGUUGACAAAGGGCACUUGCUGUUUAAGUCUGCAUGAAAUACAAGAAGUAAAUGCUUGAAAUAGAGUAUGUCUGUAUUGCAUGGUAUUUUAAUAGUCUAUUCCAGAAUUAGACUGUUUAAAAACAGAAACUUCUAUGAAGUUGCAGUUUGAUCUCUCCUUUCUUAAAAGAAGAAAAGAUUCAGAACUUUAUUAACCCAUCAUCACUAAGGUAGCAUAUAAAUAAAGUGGCUGGAUGAAAGUAUUUCUGGCUUUAUUGAAAAUAAAAUGCCUAUGUUCAGAUGCUUGACAUUAACACUUGAUGAAAAUUAUCUUAGCCAUUUAUCUAAUUCAUCUCAUUGAACUGAGUGAAAUGUCAAAUAUGCAUAAAGAGCCUGAAUUAUAAGUCAACCUUUCCAGAAGCAACAGUUUUCAGAAACUGGGACAUAUCUAUACUAUGUGAAAUUAGAAAAUCAAACUAAGGUCUGAAUUUCACUAUCACUGAAUUUUUCCCCAAAGAAUGUCCUUUUCCCAUUUAGAAGUCAUUUUUUAAUAUAUAAAUAAUUUUAUUGAAUUUUUUAAUAAAAUGUGUUUUUCUUAAAUACAUUUCUAUAAACAACACAAGCUUUUUAAAUGGAAUAUGAAUAAGGAGAAAAUAGCUUACAACUUAGCCACUUUGUAUCUACUGGAUAUCUUAUUUUAACACAGGAAUACAUAACUUAACAAAAUAACCUCUCUAGAAUCACAUUUGUAAAUUAAGGAAGUGAUAGCAAGGAUGCUUUUUUUCAUGCUAUCAGUUUCUUGCUAAAAGGAACAUCGCUUCUUGUUUUUAUAUUUUCAUUGAUUACUUGAGUGCAACGGACUCCAGUUAGGUUUGCUUUUAGAAUAUUCUAGUUAACAUAUUUUUUAGUCUGAUCAAAUUCAGACUCUGCACAUGCAAAGAAAAUUUGUGACUUUAACAAUACCUUUAAUAUCAAUCAUAGAUUGCUGCUAAAUAGUCAAAAUCACAUCUCAGAAAAGCCAGCCAUAUAUUUUAUGGCUAAAUCAGGGGUCCUUUACAUAAUCUUAGGUCUUAACAGGUACAAAUUGGUGAAGCAUAAGUUUCUUUGUAAAUAUUUUUUCAGGAGGAUUGUGGGGAAGUAGUUUUAAGUUUUUAGUAAACAUGUAGAGAUUAAUGGGAAGUACAUGAAAAGCUUAUCAGGUUCCAAAAUUACCUUCUAGACUUGUUCGAUUACUGCUGGUGUCUCAGUUCAUCUAGUUAAUUGUAAAUUCUAAAUCAAGGACUUAGGAAUCAAGUGACCUUUUUCAAGCAUCCUUGGAAGUCCAUGAAUUAGUCCAGUUCUUUUAAUUGAUAUUCCUCAGCCUCCACUUGGUUUUUAGAACACCAAAUUGGAGAACCCUCAGUUUUUGCGAGGGGCUUGUAUAAAUUGUGUUAAGUAAAGUACAACAGUUUCACUGAAUUCAGAUCCUUGCUUUGGGGACAGAAUAGCCCAAUCUGAUUUUACUCAAAGAAAGCCCUGUUCUCAGGGUGAUAAAAUCAUUUAGGCCUAGCGGAUACAGAAGCAAAUACAUCUGUGCCUUUAAAUUUUCCAGAUGGGCUGGCCCCGUGAAGUGUGUAAAUUGUUUGUAGAGUGCACUUUUUCAGGAAAAAAAUGAACAGAAAGUUUCACACUGUUGAGGGUGUUUUUGUACAUGUUCCACAUCCAACACAACAGCUACUACUGCCCUGUGUUGAGACACCUGUUUAUUAUGACACCAAGUUGGAGGAUAGAUGUAGUAUUCUUUAAUGGUCAGAAAUAACUGGAUUGUGACUGAGGAAAGGCUAAUUGGAUUAAAUAAAAAAAUUGUUUCAAAAAUGAGUUAAUAUGCAUAUAUACAUCAUUCUCUCCCCCAUCCAAGUGUUUGAUUGAAUUCCUUUUAUGUGUAUUUGUGUGAUACUUCUUUAUGUUAGGCUAUGUUAUGUUUUCCCCAUUCAGGUACUCCUCAACUUAUGACCACAAUUACACCCAAAAUUUCCAUUGUUAAGUGAGACAUUUGUUAAGUGAGUUUUAACCCAAUUUACAACCUUUCUUGCAGCAGUUGUUAAGUAAAACACUGCAGUUGUUAAGUUAGUAAUGGUAAUUAAGUAAAUCUGGCUUUGCUUGUCAAAAGGUGAUCACAUGAAUCUGGCACACUGCAGGUGUCAUGACUACAGGGUUGCAGCAGCCGUCAUAAGAGAAAAAGAUCAUAUCACUUGUCAGUGUCAUUGUAAUUUUUGUCAGUAAAUGAAUGGUUGUAAGUUGAGGACUAACUGUAUUGUCAAAUGUGAUAGUUCUAUAUUGUCUGUGAUAAGUUAGUUAAUGAAUGCCUAUAAUUGGAAGAAGUAAUGUCUUUUACAUUUGGAGGAAAAAAAUGAAAUGAUUUGAAAAUGGCAUGACCAUUUAACCUUAGUGUUUAGACUAAGGGACAAUGCAUGGUUCAAAAGAAGUGAAUAAUCAGAAAUGAAAGAUAAAGCCAAUGUUGCCCUCACAUUUCGUAGCAUUUUAAAACUUGCUUUGCAAAACUGCAGUUAUAUAUUCGGUUAUAUAAAACCAAAAUGUGCAAAAAAGUGACCAUCUUACUUGUUUAAAAAGUUCUAAAAUUAAGAGAGUAGUAAGAUAUGUAAGGAUCUAAAAGCUUGAAGAAAACAAAUUUUAUUCUCUUUAAUAUAAAACAAAUAUUGAAGCUGUUUUUUUAGCAUGAAGUAAGUCAUUGGAAUUUGCUGUCAUAUGGUUCAGCACAGAACUUCCAAUGAAUUAAUAGAAACCAGUGCUGUUUUUCUAAUGGGCUUAUUGUGAUUGUUGUUAUCUAGAAUAAAAAGAAUGUAAUUAUUAGAAGUCUGAGAAGAGUAUGUUGACAAGGAGAUGUUGAAGGAUGUAUGGCUGGUCCUUGAGCUGUGUGGUCAAGAUGGAUGGUGGAGGAUGUGCUUAAUGUUGUUUGGUUAGUUUCUUGAGAAAGAUCAUUUUUUUAAGUUAGAAUAGAUAUUGGUUUAUAGUGAGGUAUUUUGAGUUGUUUGCAUUAAGGAAGGAUCAAGAAAGGAAUCUUAUUUGGAGUGCACUUUGGGGAACAAGAAAAAAAAGCUCAAAGAUAUUCACUGUUUUCAAAAGUAGAAGAAAAUAGUUAAGUUGAAGAAUAUUAGAUCCUUACAUAUUAUUCUUUUUUAUGCAAAAUUGUUGGUCACAUUGGUAAGAGCCAUUUGGGAGAACAAUUUACAUGAGUGCAAACUAGUCAUUAAUUCUGUACAAAGACAUUGGUCAGCCAUAAAUUUAUUACACUAACCUAUAUAAAACAAACUGGCAGCAAAGGAUAAUGUCUAUAUUUAGACUGCUAACUGGAAUUAAAGGUGUAAAACUAAAUUGUAUUUGUUUGAAUAUAGAUUAAUCAUACCUAAAGGUCAAAUGCUCCUUUCUAAGAACAGUGUCAGUCUUUAAUUUCCAAAAAUGGAAUUUGGAUAGGGGUGAAGUUUUAACCAAAAAUGUUGCAUCUUUUUACAGUUUCGUGCUGCAAUAUUCAUUGGCAUCUAUGUACUUGAUUAUUAUUGAAAUAUGUAAAGUUUUUUUUCUGGUAGGCACCUGGCACUAGUAUUGCUUGGCAAUUAAGUUGAUUUGUCAGUUUCAGUCAUUGAAAAGUAGGCAUUUGGGCACAUGUUUGGCCCAACUUUCUAUUUUUUAAUGGUUUAUGUUUCAUCUUUUUGGGGUGCUCAAUUGGAAUUUGCAGGAAUUGAAUGGUGGAGUAAUUGUGGAAAUGUUGCACAGCAUGAAAUAUAGUCUUGUGCUCAUCAGGGUAUCUGAGCUGGAUAAAGUCUGUAUUAUGCAAGCUUCAGUACAAUAAAAAUACUACAUACAUGCAACGUUUAAAAAAAAAGUGAGGUGCCAACUGGACAAAAAUCCAGGAAAGCCCUUAGAGGUACUUGGUGAAUAGGUAAAUUAAGAGCUGUGCUUCCAAAAUCCCUUGUUAUAUCUUAACUAGUGAAUACGAAGGCACAACUCUCAGGUCAUAUGCAGUGAUUACACUGCAGCUUUUUCAUUCAUACAGGAAAUCAUUUAAAGGCACUUCCAAGAGAAUCUAGUCUGCAGCCUCUCUUGUUUUAUUCCCAGGUUCUUGCAAUGUAAAACCAUAGUACAAUAUUAAAUGUCUCACAAGACAGAACUUGAUAACUAACUAUACCUCACAGUGAUCUCCCAGUUUACUCAUUGCUUGGACCAAAGGUGGUGCUAAUAUGAACUUUAAUUUUUAUAUUUAUGUUUUUUGUUGUUGAGUUUUACCUGUGUGUAUAUUUGUUUGUUUUUAAAAUCAAAGACUUAAUGUCCUGUUUAAUUAAAGAAGAUUUUACCCUUGGAAAAAGAUUAUUUGAAACCCAUAAAAAUUAUUUGCGAUUUAGACAUUACUGUGUGUUUUAACUGGCCAUACUUCUUUUUUUUUUUUUAAGGGAGGAAUAAAGCAUAUCCUUCAAAUGA